AUGGCGAUUUCGAGUAAUGAAGAGGAAUCGGUUCCACAACAACAAACUAUGCAAUCUAAUGGAGGUAAUUGCUUCAGUGAUCCUCUAUUUUUAGCCUCUUCCGAUAAUUCGACGACGCCUUUAGUUUCUGUUUUGUUUAAUGGGGACAACUAUAUAGGGUGGUGUAAAAAUGUUAAGAGAGCUCUUGGAGCCAAGAACAAACUAGGUUUUAUUGAGGGAUUUGUGAAGAAACCGGAGGUUACAGAUUCCAAUUAUCAUAGAUGGAUACGUUGUGACUAUAUGGUGAUUGGUUGGAUUUUGAGUUCAAUGAAACCUGAUAUAUCAGAGAACUUCAAUCUUGUGAAUUCUGCUGAGUGUUUAUGGAGUGAUAUUCAAGAAAGAUUUGGUCAGAGUAAUGGACCACAAGUUUAUCAGUUAAAGAAGGAGUUAGAUGGCCUGAGACAACAAAAUUUGACAAUUCUGACGUAUUACAAUAAAAUGAAGAAUCUAUGGGAUAAAUUGAAGGAGUUGAGAAGCUUUCCUGAAUGUAGUUGUGGAGUUUUGAAGAAUUGUAGUUGCAGUUUCUUGAAGAGGUUAGCUGAAUUUGAAUCCCAGGAGAAGGUGAUGCAAUUCCUGUUGGGACUCAAUAGUGGUUUUGACAACACUAUCACUAAUGUUCUCUCAACAGACCCAAUGCCUUCAAUCAAUAGAACUUUUUCUAUUCUGCAACAAGUAGAGAAACAGAAAGAAAUAAGUGGCAUGGCCGAUGUAACUACUGAAGUUAGUGCUCUGGCAGCACAUAAGUUUCAGAAAUCUCAACCAAGUUCCUCUACUACUGGUGGUAAAAGGGACUGGAAGAAAGAGAAGAUGGAUAGAUAUUGUGACUACUGCAAGAACAAAGGUCACACAAAGGAUCAAUGUUUCAAGUUAAUAGGGUACCCUGAUUGGUAUCCUAAGAAUUCGAAGAAUGGAGUAAAAAUGGCUGCUAAUGUGGAAUAUGAGACCGGAAUACUUGAGUCUCCUUUAGAGGAAGACGAUGGAGGUGGACAGAAUGAAGCUAAUCUGGUCAAUGCAAUUUGCCAGGAAGUUCUAAGAGCCUUGAAAGGGAAGCAAUCCAUGGGUUCUCAUUCUGCUGCAUUUGCUAAUAGUGCAGGUAUGGAUCCAAAUUGCCUUACCUCUUGUAAUCUUGUAUAUGGUGAUAACUGGAUAGUAGAUUCUGGUGCCACAGAUCACAUGACACACAAUGCUAAACUGUUCAAAACUAGUAAAACACUUAAGAUUCCCAUUCCUGUUUGUUUGCCUGAUGGAACCUACAAAUAUGUGAAGGUACUAGGAGAGAUAGUUCUGCAUAAUGGCUUGGUGUUGAAGGAUGUUAUGUUGAUCGAAGAUUUUAAACACAGACCAUAUUACUAA